UGCCAGGCUUAGCAGAAGCAAACAUGAAGGCAGCCACAGUCUUGGUUCUGGUGGGUUUUGUCACCCUGGGAAUGAACAUGGUCUGUGCCAGGAACUAUUUUCCUUCCCAAGAACUGCAAGACUAUGGAGAAUGCCCUGAAUUGCCUGAAGGAACCUAUGCUACUUGUGCUGAAAUGUGCUCAGGAGAUGAUUCAUGUCCCAUGGGGAUGAAGUGCUGCAGCAAUGGUUGUGGUCAUACCUGCCAGAAAGCUGUUUUCAAAAUCCCCCCAUUUAGCCUACGUAUCUUUGGCCUCCCAUAG